CCCUGGCUUUGCCUUCGGUCCCGCCGACGGAGCCGGAUUCAACACCUCCUUGGCUGGCACGGAGCUGGGCUUCGAGCGGCACCAGGCAGAAAGUCCCUGGAGGCCAGCGGCGACGAGGCACACCAGCGCUUUCCAACCUGUCUGUGCCCCGGAGAGGGUGCCCGGGGGCUCUGCUGGGCUCGCAGAGACCCUUCCCGAAGGAGAAGGGCACUGGGUGAAUCCCAGCCUGGGGGAGCAGGAGCCCCCUGACUCGGGGAGGAGGAGACCCAGCCCAGUCUCCCAGGACACCCUUGGCAGGGGACCCCUGGCUCCCAUCGUCGUCACCUGCGAGGUGAAGGACGCAGCCGAGGAGCUUGUCCCCAUGUCCCCGUCCACCUGCCCGCCAGAGGGGCUGGAAGACCCGAGGAAUGGUGAGGGUUCUUCCUCCCCACCCAUGCCGGUGAUCAACAACGUCUUCAGCCUGGCACCAUACCAAGACUACCUGGAAGGCACUGAGGGCUCAGCCCAGGUCCCCUUCUGCAGGGAACAUCUCCGGGGGGACACCCCACCCCAAAACCUGGUGGGCAGCUGGGAGCCCACCACCCUCGAGCCAGGAUCUGGGGGGGGCAGCCCCGGUGGGGCGGGGAGCGAGGAGCAGCCCCCCGAGCACGUCGCACUGGACCUCAGCUUGAAGAAGAGACUGGUGAAAGCCGAAGAGACCGGGGGACCUGUCGAGCAUACAGAGGGGACACCGGCCAGGGAGGGUGCCGAGGAGGAGAACGAGGGUCCAGGGGGGAAAGCGGGGGUGGGAGAGGGGUCCAAGCCCCCGGCGCUGCCCGCGCUGCUCAAGGCGGGCUCUGAGGACAAGAGCAGCUUCCAGAGCUCGGCCACCUUCAUG